CCCGAGCAGCCGACCGUCAGUGUGGCAUGUAAACAAGGUCAGACACACUGCAGCACACAGUCCGAACACUUCCUCCAGACUCGGACGACUGCUCGAUUUAAAGGCAACAGAAGAAGAAGAAGAAACCUCUUCACUAAAAUCACCUGAGGAGACCACAGGACUCUUCUUCCAGACCAGUCAAGAUGAUGCAGUGUUUUCACUUCAUGGUGGAGCCGGCCAAGAACUUUACGGCCAAGAUAAAGGAAUCACGCAAGAGAGCGAGGAAUGAGAAGAGGGAGCCUCUGGAUGAGGAUCAGCUGUUUGUUGUGGAUCUGGCUAGAGAUCUGAGCCGAGUGUGCCAGAGGUCAUCAGUCCUGGAGAACAUCUGGAACCUUGAGGACACCUGGCCAACAUCUCUCUGCAGGGUCUUCAUCCUAGAGUGGGCCUCCAUGUUAGAGAGCAAGAAGAGGCCGAUGCAGACAGAUGGCUGGCCCGAGAUGGACGAGGUCAAACAGCCUCAUAUGCUUAAUGAGCAGGACCUGCUGCAGGCCAAAUCUGUGAUCAUCAGCUGGAUCAAGGACCUGAGAGCUCAGCCUGAGCAAAGCGUGUGGCCCGGGGAACCUGUGGCAAAGGUUCUGGAGGACUUGCAGUCAGCCUGGCGUUGGGGCCGCACGCCCAAUCUGCUCACUGCUAUGGAGCUGGUGUUUUGGACUUUAAUUGUGCAGCGCCCAGAUAAGGACACCAUUCCGCAGCAGUGGCUCAUGUGGAAGCAGAGGACUCAGAAGAUUGGUGCCAUGUCCUACAUUCCUCAGCCAGUGUGGGAUUGGAUCUCAGAUGCGGAAGUGGAGGUGACUCUGGAUCUGGACACAGCCAACCCUGACCUGCUCAUCACCAACGAGAAGAGGAUGCGCUGUAGCUUAGAGAGGAAGGAAAUUCCCAACUACCACCAACGCUUCGACGGCUGGUGGUGCGCCGUCGGGAUGGAUGGCUUCGGCUCCGGCCGCCACUACUGGGAGGUGGAGGUGGGCGAGCGGGACUUUAGGCUGGGCGUGGCCAAAGAGUCGGCCCUGAGGAAAGGCUUCAAGUCCCUGAACACAGAUACGGGUUACCUGAGCCUGCGUUUGGAGAGGGGCACCGAGCUGAAGGCGCUGACGGUACCCUACACCGCCCUGCCGCCCCACCUCAUCCCCCGCAAGGUGGGCAUCUACCUCGACUACGACAUCGGCCAGCUGUCUUUCUACGACGUGGACAAACACGUCCAUAUUUACACCUACAACGAGAGCUUCGACGAGAAGCUGUACCCCUUGUUUGGUACAGUGGAGAUCAUCAAGGAUCUGGUGAUCAAGUCUCCAGAUGCUAAGACCCAGUGUCUCUGCCCCGUGCCCUGCCUCUGGGGUUAAGUUUCCUCCCGACACCUCUUCCUUUAAAAGCCAGUAGAUAUCAUAAUAAAGUAUAACAAAUGGUUAUGUAAUAAUCACUGGGAGGAAUCAGAGAUCCUGAUGUAAAAGACCAUCAUUGUGCUAUUGAAUAGCUGCACUAUGUGACCACUCUAUGCUGCUGCUGCUUUAAUGUGAUUGUUGCAACCACUUUCCUCACUAUAGAGUUACAGUGCUACUCCUUGCUCAUACAUAAUGUAUUUUCAUAUAUUUGAAAGGAAACCUAUAGUAUUAAUGUAAUGAAUUGUGCAAUAUUAACCCUGCAGUAAGAAUGCAUUGCUGUGAAUGAUAAAUAAACCAAAUCCAUGUCUUA